GCCCGGCCGGGCCUGCCCGCGCCGGCCCCGCUCGGGAUGCUGCUGACGCGGGCGGGGGUCCGGACCCCGCCGCCCCUGGCGGCCCUGGCGCAGGUGCUGCGGCUGGAGCAGGGCCGCCGCACCGGCCUCCUGUUCCCGCUGCAGAAGCUGGAGCGGUACUUAGCUCCCGGCACCGACACGGCGCGAUUCCGCGUCUUCCAGCCCGGCCUUCCCGCCCUGCAGCGCGCAGAAGCGUUCUUCAAGUCCGGCCGCGACCACCCCAUCGACUACGUGAGCUCCGCCGUCCGCAUGGCACACGCCCCGCUGCUCGCCCUGCCCGAGGUGUGCUUCAUCGGCCGAAGCAACGUGGGGAAAUCAUCUUUAAUCCGGGCCUUGUUCUCGCUGUCCCCAGAAGUGGAGGUCAGAGUGUCAAAAACCCCGGGCCACACCAAGAAGAUGAAUUUCUUCAAAGUAGGGAAGUACUUUACUCUGGUGGAUAUGCCAGGAUAUGGCUACCGUGCCCCGCAAGACUUUGUGGAGAUGGUGGAGGCUUACCUGCAGGAACGGCACAACUUGAAGAGGACCUUUAUGUUAGUCGAUGGUGUAGCAGGACUCCAUAAGACAGAUCAUAUUGCAGUAGAGAUGCUGGAAGAGUUUGGGAUUCCUUAUGUGAUAGUGUUAACAAAAAUUGACCGAGCUUCCAGAGGACUGUUGUUAAAGAAUGUACUGGAGAUCCAGGAGUAUGUAAAGGAGAAAACUCAGGGAUGCUUUCCUCAGCUAUUCCUGGUCAGUUCCCUGGAGUUUUCAGGGGUUCAUCUGCUAAGGUGUUUUGUAGCCCAUGUUACUGGAAACCUGCCCAUGGUAGAGGCCAGCUGAAAAGACUGGUUCCUCACCUGUUCAGCACCUCCAGAACAAAAGCAUUCUCCUGCUUAAGUGUUGUGGAAACAAAAUAGGACCAGAACCCCUUCACAGAAGAGUGAAAGGAGGGAGAAGUAAGUUGUGGGUUUUCCCCGUCCUACAAACUGGGCAUGCUAUGAUGAAAGGAACAGAAGUAAGAAAAGGCAAACUGACCUUAUAUUACAUCCCAAAAUAAAAAUGACUAGUGAAUAAAUUACAA